AUGUCAAGCCAGAUCGUUGUUGUCAUGUUGGUAGUGAUUUGGUCUGGUGGGUGUUCUGCGCAUGGUCGGAUGUGGGAUCCCCCCGGUCGCUCUACCAUGUGGAGGGUAGGGUUCAGCACACCCCGAAAUUACAAUGACAAUUCGCUCGGCUGUGGAGGUCGUUAUAUCCAUCAAACUGUUAGUCGAGGACAGUGUGGAAUAUGUGGGGACAACUUUCAAGAUCCUCAACCUCGGGCGAACGAGGCGGGUGGUCGUUACGGCAGGGGUAUCCUAGUGCGGACCUAUUCACAAGGGGAGACAAUCAGCGUUCAUGCUGAGCUGACUGCAAAUCACAAAGGUUGGAUGGAGUUUAAAAUUUGCCCGAACAACGAUGUGAACAAAAUCGCUACUCAAGCUUGUCUGGAUCAGUAUGUUCUGCAAAAGGCGGACGGCACUGGAACAAAAACCAUAGUGCCAACAGAUCAACGACAAUUUUACAUAGACCUUGUCUUGCCUAAAGGGCUGACUUGCUCCCAGUGCGUCGUACAGUGGAAAUACCACGCAGGUACCUCCAUAUUCUAA